AUGCAACACCCUCCUAACCUGGUCACAGCAAUGAACCUCGCCCGCGCCUUCGAACGGAAGAUGCAGCUCUCCCACGGAAACCUCAGUAUAGGUUGGCUGGCAACGACCUGGGCACCUUCGAAGACAGCAGGAGUGUCUCAUUCUUCGACCGCCAGCAGGGAACAGAGGCCCCCUGCCGGUAACCCUUCCAGAUCGGCAUCAAGUAUAGGGAGUAGCAGGACAACACCCCCCAUUAGACGACUGUCCCGAGCCGAGAUGGCAGAACGGCGCGCAAGAGGGCAGUGCUUCAACUGCGACAAUCUGUACUCCUCUGGGCACAGGUGCAAGAAACUAUUCUGUCUGCUGGUAGACGAACUCGAAGAAGACGAGGAUGAACUUGCAGCAUCUGAACCAGAGAUCUCCCUCCACGCCAUCACAGGGAUCAAAACAUCACAGACCAUGCAACUAAGGGCAUUGGUAGCAGGGCAACCAGUUCGCAUUCUCGUAGACUCCGGAAGCACCCACAACUUCGUCAGUGAACAGGCUGCCCAUCAGUUAGCGUUACCGAUGGAAAUCAGGCCGCAGUUACAGGUAGCCGUGGCCAACGGGGAAAGAGUUCACAACCCCGGUAUCUGCAAGGACACCGAGAUUCAGUGCCCUGACAAUGACUUUCCACCUGGAUGGGAAACCGGUUACAUGGCAGGGAACCAGAAUAAGAACAAAAACACAGCUACAUACACUCCAAGCAACGCUCCCUCCACGUUCCAGGCCCUGAUGAACGAGGUGUUCCACUCCCACCUCCGCAGAUUCGUCUUGGUAUUCUUUGACGACAUCCUAGUCUAUAGCAAGUCGUGGGUAGAACACAUGCAACAUCUACGGGUCGUUCUUGAACUCCUGCAACAACAUCAACUCGUCCUUAAGCGAUCCAAGUGCUCCUUUGGGGAACGCCGGGUCCUUUACUUAGGACAUGUGAUCAGCGGGCAAGGGGUCACUGUGGAUGACUCCAAGAUUCAGGCGAUCAAAGAAUGGCCCAGACCACAAUCCGCCAAGGCUCUCUGCGGGUUCCUAGGGCUGACAGGUUACUACCGCAAGUUCGUACAAAAUUAUGGACUUUUGGCGGCCCCACUAACCAAUUUGCUCAAGAAAAAAGCCUUCCAUUGGGAUAGUACAGCCGAGGAGGCCUUUGUAAAUUUAAGAGAAGCCCUCUCCUCCACGUCAGUUCUACAGUUACCAAACUUUGAUCUCGAGUUUACAGUAGAAUGCGAUGCAUCCGACACUGGCAUCGGCACCAUACUACAGCAGCAAGGGCAUCCGGUAGCCUUCUUCAGCCGCAAACUGGCCGACCGCCACCUUAAGUUACCCGCCUAUGAACGUGAACUGAUUGGGCUGGCAAAGGCAGUGCAGCACCAGAGGCCGUACCUAUGGGGAAGAGAGGAAGACAAUAUGCUCCUCCAUGCGAUCUCACAGCCCCGAGCCACCCUAUUGGAGGACAUUCGGAACAUACUGCCACAAUCACUAGAGUGGAACGAUCUUGUCCAGAGAAUACAAGCCAGAACGACCAACCCAAACUGGUCCAUGCACAGCGGAUUGGCACUAUACAAGGGACGGAUUUAUCUCCCAAUCGACUGUUCCUUAAUCCCCUCCGUCAUCUCUAGCAUACACAACUCUACGCAUGAAGGUGUACAGAAGACUUUGCACCGCAUCCACGCUGAUUUCCACUGGCAGGGUAUGAAGGCUGCGAUGCGGGACUUCAUUCAGAACUGCUCUAUGUGCCAACAACAAAAGUGGGAAAACUUGCACCCAGCUGGCCUUCUCCAACCACUUUCACUUCCAACUCAGAUCUGGGCAGAUAUUUCCAUGGACUUCAUCGAGGGCCUACCCAAGGGAACAACCUUGGCCUUCUCCUCCGCCUACCAUCCGCAGACUGACGGCCAAACGGAGGUGGUAAACCGAACAAUAGAGAUGUACCUCCGCUGUUUUGUGGGAGACCAGCCCCGACGCUGGGUGGAGUACCUUCCGUGGGCCGAAUACUGUUACAGCACGUCUUAUCACUCCUCUCUUGGCAUGACUCCCUUCCGGGUCGUUUAUGGUCGGGACCCUCCCCGUCUAUUGUCUUACGAACCCGGUUCAACACGGUUGGAAGAAGUUGAUCGCAACCUACAAGAUCGCAAUGCCCUCUUGGCCGAAGUCUCCCAACGCUUACAGCAGGCUCAGGCACGCAUGAAGAACGCCUAUGAUCAGCGCCACCGAGAGUUAACCUUCGAGCCAGGACAGUUCGUUUGGCUGAAGCUCCAACCCUAUCGGCAGCUCUCCCUCAGACGCAGAGCCUUCCCUAAACUGGCCCCCAAGUUCUACAGGCCCUUCAAGAUCUUGCGGCAGAUCGGGAAGGUUGCGUUAUCAGCUCAAGCUACCAUAACACAACAGACUACAUGA